ACUCAGCCCCUCCGCAAUCACCAAACUCUUACUUUUCCAAGAGGAGCGCCACCGAAAUCACCAGCAAGAAGAAGAAGAGGAGGAGGAGGAGGAGGAGGAGAAAGGCAGAAGUGGAGAUGGGCUGCGAUCCUGAGCUCCGGCUUUCGCUUUGCACCGGCGAGGAUGGCCACCGGAACUAUCGAUCCGACUCGUCUAAACUCAGCAGGGUCGACUCGCCGCUGAGAAACCAGCAGCAGAUGACGAUCUUCUACGAUGGCCGGGUUUGCGUGUGCAAUGCCACGGAGAUGCAGGCAAAAGCUCUCAUAUCAAUGGCGAAGAGGGAGAUGGACGACAUGGUGACCGAGCAGAAGCAGCAACAGCAGCAACAAAGCGUGGAGUCUUCCACGUCGUCUCUGCCGCGGCCGCCAUCUCCUCGACCCAUGCCACAGAUGCUUAAUCCUGGGCUCUCGAUGAAGCGAUCGCUGCAGCGGUUUCUUCAGAAGAGAAAGGCCAGAAUGAAUGAUGUCUCUCCAUACAGUCAAAAGCAGAAACUGUUGUUGUUCCCGAUCAUGCUGCAGCGGGCAUGACGAGGCCUAUUAAUUUCUACCACUUAGAGAAGACAAAAGGAGCUAUUUUUCUUCUUCUUCUUUUUCCUUUUUUUUAUCUCCCCUGAUAUGUUUAUGGUGGAAAAGGGUUUGUUUGACAUAUCAGGUUUGUAACAAAUUUGUAGUUUAACUUAUACAUAUUUGAUGACUUAAAUUCUUGUAUCA